UCUUUGAGUAGUGCUACGAAGUAAAGGAAUGCCAGGAUGGACGAAGAAGACGAUGAUGCGUUUUAUAGUGCGCUUAAAUGUUGCUAUGAUAAACUUGAAACGGCUAUUGAGUCAAAGUGUAAUAUGAACCAGAAUAUUCGUGAAGAGGCAAGGCAUGCAAUGUGUGAGUUAAAGUGUUUGAUUACUAAGAAUUUUGAACGUAUUAAGUCGUUGGGUUACCGUGAAGCUUGUAGGGAAAGUCUUAAAGACAUUUUCGUAAAACCAACGUAUGCUAGUGCUGUGCUGCCAUCUCCUGUGGACAAUGUGAAACAAAGACCUAGUUAUGCUAGUGUGGUGGCGCCAUCUGAUGUUACAAGGAUUAAUGAAAAGUCCUUGAUUUCUUCGGAUUGUUGUUUAAUUGUAGACUCUGAAAACUGCUCUUCUGACGAUGUUAAGAAAGUUAUUAAACUAAAAAUUAAUCCAUUAGAAGCUAAGUUAGGUGUAUAUACUUUAAAAAAUAUUGGAAAAGAUAAAGUCUUGGUUAAGUGUUUGACAGAAAAUGAUCGGAAUCGACUUCAAGCCGAGAUUAAUGAAAAGUCUCCGGAAUUGAACACGUCCUUGCCAAAAAAGAGGAAUCCUGUUUUACUUGUAAAAAAUGUGCCAAAUGAAAUACCUAAUGAAGAUCUUCUGAAAGUGAUUUUUGAACAAAAUCCCGAAGUUGUUGAAUCUGAUGAAAACAGAAGUAUAUGUAGUGUUCGUUUUACUUUAAAAACCUUCCAGUUCACGAGGCACGUUGUGAUUGAAACGCACCCCAUGGUUCGUAAACGUAUUCUGAAUCAAGCCAGGUUGAAAAUUAAUUGGAGUAUAUGUGAAACUGACGAUUUUAUUAUCAUCAAUAGAUGUUUUAAGUGUCUUGGGUACAACCAUCGUGCUGAUGAAUGUCGUGAGCGAACAGCCUGUUUUAACUGUUCUGGAGAACACAAGGCAAAGGAUUGUUCGAAUAGGAAUGCUGUAGCUUGUAUAAAUUGCAUCCGCUUCAAUCAUAAAACAAAUAACAGCUAUAAAAAAGUGAAUGUUAAUCACAAACCCUUUUCAGAAUGCUGUCCUAGUCAUGAAUUUAUGAGAAAGAACAUUCAAUCUCGAAUUGAUUAUGGCUAGAUUGGCUAGACGCGUUCUAAAGUGUGUGCAGUUAAAUCUUCAUAAAUCCAAAUCUGCGACACAACAGCUAAUUUUAAAUAUGGAAGCUGAUGAUAUUGACUGUGCUUUGGUUCAGGAACCUCAUUAUUACAAGAAUUUUCUUCCAGGAUAUCCUGGCACUUAUAGACUUUAUUGUGAUCCUAAUUCUGAUAAUGUAAAGGCGGCAAUCAUUAUGCGAUAACGUGAUUUAUCAACAUUUCUUGAUUAUAAAAAUACGGAUUAUAAUAUGGUCACCUUGGAUGUUACUGUUGGCUCAACUGUGCUCACUCUUUUUCAUACUAUUUUGAACCCUCAAGAAACAUUGACUUAGAUCUUCAUAAAUUAGUCAAGUCUUUUUGUCCAAAAAUCUUAAUCGACUGGUUUGGUGUAUGGACUCUAAUGGCAAAUCUGAAUUAUGGUUUAGUCCCUAUUCAGACUCUCGUGGAGAUAAACUGAGUGAAUUUAUUUCUGCCAACAACCUAUUUGUUAUUAAUGAAGAUUAUGGACCUACGUUUCAGGCAACUCAGGGUUCUAGUUAUAUUGAUGUUACUGUUAUUGGUUCAGAUCUUCUCCAGGAUGUUUCGAGUUGG